AUGAUUCUGAAUUCUGUGCUUGCUCCCUACCCCCGGACAGAGCUGCUGCACACCACAUGCAGUUCUGCAUAUUUUCUGAUCAUUUUGGAUUACUUCCAGAUCACUAAUUUCUGGACUUUACUAUUUGGUUUGUCCAUGAUUCACUAUAUAAUCACAGUAUCAGAGUCCAUGAUAUUCAGUCAGGUUCUGUGCGGUGUAUCUGUGAUUUUUUUCCUGCUAAAAGCAAAGUCUUCUAAGACACAGCAAAUGAACAAAAUUGACACAGAUAUUGCAUACCUGGUGAUCAAUGGCCUAAGAUAUAUUGUAUGCAGCUUGGUGUCUAUCUCUAUCUUUACGUGUGAUUUUGGGAUAUAUCCAUUGCAUAAGUACAAGUGCAAGUACUUUGGGAUAUCCUUAAUGGACUUUGGGGUGGUUGCCUUUAUGAUUAAUGCAGGCAUGCUGUCUUCUCUUUCCCAUAGAUUUAGAGCACGCAAGUCUGCAUAUAUGUUUAUCAUGGGGAUAGUUCGCUUAUGUAUCAUUCUGUCUGGAUACCACACAGACCCAACAGAGUAUGGAGUUCAUCUUAACUUUUACUUUAUAUAUCUGCUGUCUGAGAAUAUAAGCUUAUUGUUUAAGAAUAUAAAUCCUAUUCUAGCAGCCUCUCUUAUCCUUGGAGCACACGAAGCAGUUAUCACAAAAAAAUCAGUCAUUAAUUAUGUCUUCUUUGGGGAAAGAGACAACAUAUUCAGUGCAAACAGGGAAGGACUACUUUCAAUCCUUCCUUAUACAGCUGUGCUUCUGCUAGGAAAGGGAGUUGGUAAUAUUCUGUUUGAAAAAAACAAGACAGUCUUUAAGAAGUUCCUUAAGCUUGUCGCCCUAUACAGUUCUUUGCAUGUGGUACAUCUUGUUUUUCUAUCUAUAACUGAGCCAUCUAGAAGACUUUGCUCAAUUUCCUUUAUCUCUUUCUGCUGCAGUGCAAUUAUAUUCCCUAUGUGUCUUCUCUAUGGAAUUUCUUGUGUCUAUAAGGUGCCAAGCAUCGAAUCCCUUUCUGGGCUUAGUAAGCUAAUGAAUCCACUAUUUCUUCUGUCCAACUUGUAUGUUCUUAUUGGUAAUCUUCUCUUUGAUUGGAAGAGCUAUUCUGCAGUUGAAUCUCACUUGUGCAAUUUAGUAUACAUGUUCCUGACUUUUUGUGUUCCCGUGUACCUCUACAGGAAAUAUGUAGAAAUCCCAAGUGAAAGAAAGACAAAAUAA